UCUCUGUCUUUGAUUGUUUUGGGGUUUAGAGAGAGAGAUAACCUAACAUUCUUUCUCUUUCCCUUUCUCUCUCUCUCUCUCCAUUUUCAUAUUCACAGAACAACUGUGAGUUUUGUUUUUUCUCCUUUUCAAUUUUUAUUAUUGUUGUUAUUCAAUAGAAGAAGCAACUCAGUGAGCAAUUACCAAAACAAUGGCGGCUCUUGCUCCCCCAACUACCGCUACUGCAAUUCUUCCCGAGCCUGCCGUUCCCGAGAAGACCAAAGCAGAUGAGAAGGCCGAUUACUUCAAUCUUCCAUGCCCCAUUCCCUAUGAAGAGAUCCAUCGUGAAGCUCUCAUGUCUUUAAAGCCAGAACUUUUUGAGGGGAUGCGCUUUGAUUUUACUAAAGGGCUCAAUCAGAAGUUCUCACUCAGUCACAGUGUGUUCAUGGGGCCCACUGAGGUUCCUUCCCAGUCGGCGGAAACUAUCAAAAUCCCUACUGCUCACUAUGAGUUUGGAGCCAAUUUUAUAGACCCAAAGUUGAUGCUUUUUGGAAGAAUACUAACUGAUGGGAGGUUAAAUGCAAGAGUGAAGUGUGAUUUGACCGAAAAUCUCAUUUUGAAGGCUAAUGCACAGCUCACAAAUGAACCACAUAUGUCACACGGCAUGCUCAAUUUUGAUUACAAGGGUAGUGACUUCAGGACACAGUUUCAGCUAGGGAAUGGGGCAUUAUUUGGGGCAAGUUACAUUCAGAGUGUGACCCCACAUUUUUCUCUCGGUGGUGAAGUAUUUUGGGCUGGUCAGCAUCGGAAGUCUGGUAUUGGUUAUGCUGCUAGAUACAACACAGACAAGAUGGUUGCCACAGGGCAGGUUGCUAGCACAGGAAUGGUUGCUCUGAGCUAUGUUCAGAAGGUAUCUGAGAAGGUUUCUCUAGCAUCAGACUUCAUGUACAACUACAUGUCACGGGAUGUCACAGCAAGUUUUGGUUACGAUUAUAUUCUUCGACAGUGUCGCCUUAGAGGAAAGAUAGAUUCAAAUGGCUGCGCAGCUGCUUUUCUGGAAGAGCGAUUAAAUAUGGGUCUUAAUUUUAUUCUUUCUGCCGAGCUAGAUCACAAAAAGAAAGACUACAAAUUUGGGUUUGGAUUGACUGUUGGAGAAUAGAUUGGCUGGACCUAAAGGUGUUCUUUUUUCUAUAUUUUUUACCUGCCUUUUGCUGUCGCCGGCAACUUCCGCAAGUUCUUCUGCCUGAUUUUUCUUGUGUUGAGUAGAUUCAAAGUUUGUACUUGUGUAAUUUUGGCAACAUUGUUUCUGGGCAGCAUUUGCUGCAGCCUCUCUGCUAGCAGCAGUAAUUCAUGGAUUUUGCGUAUACAGUUACAGAAGUUUAUUUUAGAAUAAUGCAAAUUGGAUUGUUUAGCGGCAAUAUGUAGUCUACUUAUUAAUAGAAGAGAUUUUUAUUC